AGUCGAUUUGGAGACGCAUCAUAAAGCGGCGGUGUUAAUUGACUGAUGCAGGGAGAACACUGGAGUCUGUUAAUAGCUCAGAUGCUGCAUUCCAGCGCUGGGCACAAAUGAACAUGUUGUGCAGGAAGCUCUGAUGCUCUCAGCACCCCGGCGCUGGACAGCAGCCAACGCAGUGGUGCAGGCAGGGACGCAGAGGGACGCAGAGAGGAGCAACGUGUCGGUGAAGUGGCACACGUCGAGAACACUGGGACAUGAAAUAACCUGUAAAGCACGGGGAAAUGCGCCGGAACAGCGAGCUGUCAGUCAAAACCGUGAGCGCGCUGAUCAAGGCAGAGGACGGGGUUAGGUUCGCAGCCCUCGAGUCUGAUGUGUGACACCGUGACGAGGAAAAUGCUGCAUUUCACUUCACCUUCACUGCCGGCUGUAAUUCCUUUCAGUGCAUCGGUGCUGAAGAGUUAAUAUUCGUAAAGUACUGCAGUCCAGCUCCAUCAAACCUUCCGAGGAGGAUGCCAUCGUCGCUGCUCAUCGUGGUGGUCAUGUCCUCAGUGUUCCUCAACCCCAGUUUUGGCUUCAGCUCUCAUUACGACACAGGUGGCGCCCCCUUGAGUGAGCUGUCAUGGCCGUCCUCACUGGCUGUGGUGGCUGUCUCCUUCUCUGGCCUCUUCACGUUCAUCUUCCUCAUGCUUGCCUGUUUGUGCUGCAAGAAAGGAGACAUCAGCUUCAAGGAGUUUGAAAACACUGGUGAGGAGUACCAGGCGGAUCUGUCCACGCUUGCCUCCUCUGGCUCUCAAGAUGGCCCAGAAGUUUACGUCUUGCCCCUCACUGAGGUUUCACUGCCUGUGGCCAAGCAACCAUGUAGAUCAAUUCAGCUGCUGAAGUCAGCGGAUCUUGGACGCCACAGCUUGCUUUACCUAAAGGAAAUUGGCCAUGAUUGGUUUGGCAAGGUUUUUCUUGGCGAGGUCAAUGCUGGACUGAGCACCACACAGGUCGUGGUGAAGGAGUUGAAGGCCAGUGCCAGCAUACAGGAGCAGACGCAGUUCCUGGAAGAAGCUCUACCUUAUCGUACUUUGCAGCAUCCUGCCCUCCUGCAGUGCCUGGCCCAGUGCACAGAUGUCACACCCUAUUUGCUGAUUAUGGAAUACUGCCCCCUGGGUGAUGUUAAAGGAUACCUCCGUAGCUGCCGGACAGCAGGUGCAGCCACCCCUGACCCUUUUAUCCUCCAACAAAUGGCAUGUGAAAUUGCCUCCGGCCUUCAGUACCUCCACAAACAUAAUUACAUUCACAGUGACCUGGCUCUCAGGAACUGUCUCCUUACUUCAGAGAUGUCCGUGAAGAUCGGGGAUUACGGCCUCUCUCACAGCAGGUACAAGGAUGACUACUUUGUGACGGCAGAUCAGAUUUGGGUGCCACUGCGUUGGAUCGCCCCAGAGCUCAUUGAUGACGUCCAUGGCAACUUGUUAGUAGUGGACCAGACAAAGGCCAGCAAUGUCUGGUCACUGGGCGUGACAGUCUGGGAGCUGUUUGAGCUGGGGAGCCAGCCAUACAGACACUACACAGACAGGCAGGUGUUGACCUAUACAGUGAAAGAGCAGCAACUGAAGCUGCCAAAGCCGUUGCUGAAAGUACCCCUGUCUGAACGCUGGUACGAAGUGAUGCAGUUCUGUUGGCUGCAACCAGAGCAGCGGCCUGUCGUGGAGGAGGUCUACCUGCUGUUGAACUAUCUAUGUGCUAAAGGUACAAAUGAGGCAGAGGAGGAUUUUGAGAAACGCUGGAACUCCCUCAGACCAAGUCUAGACACAGGCAGUUCCCAGAGAACCCCAGCCCUAGAGGUACCCUCAUCUAAUUCCUCAUUCCCUCUGCUGGAGCACUUCUCCAUGGUUGACAGCUUCCAGUCUGAAAACGGUGAUGAAAUACUAACAGUCACUGAGACCAGUGAUGGGCUCAACUUUGAGUACAAGUGGGAACAGGCCAGAGCUGAACAGCCCUACUGCUCCUCGUCUACAAGUGGGCCUCUAGGAAGUAGCAACCCACAUUACCAGGACAUAUACUAUCCCCUCAGUAGUUCCUCAGGAAGCUGCAAAGGGGAGAGUCUCACUCUGGGUGUUUCUCCAUCCCAAUACAAGUCCAAUUACCCAGGUGUUGUCCCAGUGUUGAGUGCGCACAGUCCAUCUGUUAGCAGUGAAUACUAUAUUCGCAUUGAGGAACCUGUAGAGUGCAAUAUCAGUGUGGAGGAGGCCACUCUUGACUACAGUCCAGAACAUGAGGCCAGCAAAUGUACCUUCUCCAUGGCUGACAUGAAAAGUCCUACUGAGCCUCAAACAAACACAUACUGGCCAGAAGCAAAAGACUCUAACAGCAUUAUCAAUGAUUCAGAUGCUAGUCCAACUAGCGUGGAGCCACCUCAGAGACAAGAUCCGAACCAUAUGGAUACUGCAGAACAGUUAAGUCAAUACUUUUCCCCCAGUGACCAAGAUAGAUUGCACUCUGAACUGACAUCCUCAGGAGAACAGGAAGUUCAUUUGAAAAGAGGCCAACCAUCUGAGUCUUACCUUAAGUCUGCGGGCUUACACAACACACGUGUCCUAGAAACUCCAUGUGGUAUAUCAGUUGCACUGAGCAGCCCCAGUCUGGGACAAUGUGACCCCUAUCUUGAAGCCAACCAGAGGACUGCUGAAACAAAGCUGACCAAUGAGGCCUAUUAUGAUAUGAUGGGUAGCCUACCGAAGAAUAUUCCCAGGCCACACAACAUAACUGUUGAUGUCGAAGCUGCUGACUGUCUUCUUAUGGGUGCUACUGAUCCAGAGGAUGACAUCAAUCAUUUUACUGAAAGUGAAACAAUUAACUGGACCUCAAACCAGUCCACAAAUAACAACACUUCAAACUUUGAUGACCGACUAACAAGGGGGUUUCUUGACACCUAUCUUGAUGUACACCACACAACACCUUCCUCCAGUGCCCAGAGCUUACGGCCACAAACAAUAACAACCAUGCAAAAUUCCCCAAGUAAUGCCUCCGAUGCAUUUAAACAGCAUUCACACACGGAGGCUAAUGGCAACAACUCCACUGCAUUUUCAUACACAGAUUCAUACACAGAGUGUGUGUCAUAUAUACAACUCUGCUCUGAGGAUCAGAAGAUGGUAGAGUCAUCAGCCCCAGAAAAACCUCAAAUUAUACAUCCAGCCCAGAGGAACACACCUCAUUUGCAUAUCAGAGAGAAUAUGACACACUUCCCUAUAAGGGAUUAUUCAAGUAGCAAUCCUCUUUCUCUUGUAGCUGAGAAAUCAGUGACUAAGGACAGAAGCACAACUCCUGCACAAGACAUAAAAGUGCAGUCAGCUGGUCCUACAGUCAUGCCUGCAACGAUGUCGGAGUACGGUCAUGCAGAGGACAGCAUCAGCCUGGUAAACAUUGAUGACUGCAGUGAUGGCGAUGUUACUGAAAUUACCUCUGAGGCGUUUGCAGACUCUCCUACUGAUUUUGCAAAAGUUGGAGACAUUAACCUAGCACACAUGCCCUCACAUAGAGAGAUUCGAAACCAAGAGCCUCAGGAAUUUAUAGACCUUGCCUCAAGUAGCAGCCCCUGUGAAGCCUUUAGUCCAGAUGUUUACCACACAUCCAUUCAGCCCAAAUCACUGGACAGUGGCUAUGACACAGAAAACAAUGAGUCACCCGAGUUUGUCAUGAAAGACCUGGAGGGAAAACCAAUUCUCAGUACAAGUGUGGAAUCAGAGUAUGAAAUGGUCCUUCAGCUGGACCUUGAAGAAAAUGAUUUGUCCCCAACUAGCAAUAGUAUUGUUAAUCUGACAAGCCUGGGAAAUAGGAAUCAAUACAGAGACUCUGCUUAUUUUUCAGACUAUGAUGCAGAAAAUGAAAAAAGUCCCUGUGAACAAGGCAACAUUUUCUUUGACAACAAAUUUGACGAUUUCUUUGGAAAAGAACCUGCAAAAGAUAAGAAGGCUGGGAGAGAAGAGGAUUGCCGAGUGAGUCAGAAGGAAGAUCUGUAUCAUUUUUCAAGCAUGACCAAAAAUGUAGAUAAUGCUUUGCUGAGUAUCAAACAGUUGUGUCUUGAGAGGAGGAACAUGGAGUUUGAUCUAAGUUCAUCUCCUGCAUCAGGUCCAGUGAUUACAGUGUUGGCACCAUUUCCUCCAGAGCUGGGGGGGUGUUUGACCAAAGAGUCUGCUCCAGAUGAUGGCCUUGGAGUGGAAUCUGAGCACUCUGGAGAAGAUCCAGCCUCUGAAUGCUUCUCCAGCACGGCUUCUGAGGGCUCAUCCACAACACAGGAAGCCACAACCAUGGAGGACCAAGUUAACAGUACUAGCAUGGGCUUCUCAUCUGCAGACUCCAUGGGUUCAACCUCCACUAUGUUGGAAUUCAAGAACUGUGAGAAUGGGGAAGACAAUCCAGACUGUCAGAUGGAUGGGAAAAAUGAGGAGGAUAAAGGAGUGGAGGAAAAAGCAGAGGUGGUAGAAGAAGCACUUUUGACUGUUAAACGGGAUAGUUCUCUGGACAACAUUCUGCCUGCCUUACCAGAGAACCUGGGCAUACCAGCACCCCUGGGAAAUUGUGAGGAAGACGAAGACUCUGAUGACAGCGAUGAGUCAGACGAAGAGUUGCGUAGCUACAGUGUCCAAGAGCAGAGUGAAGAAAGUGAGGAGGAGUUCACCACUGUUCCAGUGGUGGUGGUGAGUGAGCGAAGUAGCAGCAAGCACCUGCGUAGCCUCCUCAAAAUGCCAUCCCUCCUCACACAGUCCUUCUGUGAUGAGCUAGAACGCAAGAAGAAAGCCGUGUCCUUUUUUGAUGAUGUCACUGUGUUCCUUUUUGACCAGGACAGCCCUACAGGUGAACUGGCAGAAUACACCUUUCCUCCAGGGUUGGAACCGAAUGGCCAGGCAGGAGAAUGUAAGGAACAUCCAUCACAGAAGGACGUCAAUGACUCUGAUAAUCCCUCAAAUAGGAAUGCCUUAGAAGAUACAGGUGGGACCUUAGAGUGGGAGAGUGACUUUCCAUUGGUGCCCAACGUUUCAACAUUAGAACCUGCCUCUGACAGAAUCUGCACUCCCCCAAACUCUCCGGUCAAACUUCCUGAAGAGAAGCCAGCACCCCAGUGUUCCCGCUUCAGUGUUUCCCGCUUCUCGAUUACAUAUGUGUCUGACUCGGACGUCGAGUCCGUGGGAGGUAGCUGUUCAGAUGGAGACCGGGCAUGAGAACACAUCCAGAGUUCCUUUUGGCCUGAUUCAACUCUAGAUCCUCUCUGAUGCUUAUUUAAUGUUCUGGACGAGGGUUCUCUGAAUCCCGAAGACAGUGCCUCAUGCUGUAAUUGAAUUCUAUUAGCCAACUCUUUCUUUGUGUUCUGAGCCAGAGGUUGGCAGUGACAUUGUCUGUUAAGGACAGCAUUUAACAAUGCAGAAAAAUCUCGAAGGAAAAUUUUAUGUAUGCAUAUUUAAAGAUAAGAUUAUUUGCAACAUUCAGUAUCAACACUCAUAUUGCAACAAAUCACUUUAUUACAAACUGUAGCAACCAGAAGGGUAUUGGUGACAUUACUAGCCUCCACACUGGCCUAUUUACAGUGCACUCAUCGGUCAGAUCUUCCAGAUGAUGGUUUUAACUGCAAAGUAAGUGGAGAGGGAAAAAGAAAAGAGGAAAAAAAAAGCUAAGGUCUUGGUAAACCUCAAAUAACAAAUCAAAUUCAACUUUUAUCAGUUACAAGGGAUCUCGAAUUGUGCACCAGUGUUGGAGACUGUAAACCAUUUUCCCUGGAGGCGAUCGCUUUUGACCACUUUAAACUAAAUUUAUGGCUCAGGUAAACUGUAUUGAAAGAUGUAAAAAUUGGUACGGCAUCAAAGUUUAAGCCACAUUAUGAAGAUACUUAUGUUUAAUAUAAUAUGCUUCCUCACUUUCCCCCCAUUUUCCCUUCUGUGCUGCUAUACCAACCCUGAGGAUGUGGAAAAAUAUUACGUAAAUGCACUUUCUUUGUUGAAACCUAGAGGUUCAUGUGCAAAUUUGUUUCCAUCAACAAGGUCAGGAUGCUUGGCUUGUCUGUUUAUGGAGAUACAGUUAAGCUGUAUCCCAUUCUUGUCACUAAUGUUCACUUUUAUAUGCAAGUGAACGUUCAUCUCCAUGUCUAUUGAGGUAGGGAUUUAGCAUUUCAUCAUAAUAUCAGUUUACAUAUGCUGGGUUUGUCACAUUAGUCUUUAGUAUCAGUGAGCUGUAACUACACAGUGACGAGAUCUUUGUUCUUACAAUAGACUCCAGUAUUUGCCAGAAAUAUGGCUGUAUUAUAGCCUUAACUAGAGAGAGAGAACAGACAUCAGAACAGAUCAGGUCACUUUACUUAAUACUGCAUAACUGAUUAAGAUGCAAAUGUUAAAGGACAACUCCACAGAUUUGCCAGAUAACCUCAAAUUUCAGUUUGAUGACCUGCGGACUGAAAUAUUAAAUUACAAGCUAGGAUGUCUUUUAGGAUUGCUUUUAUGCAAUUUUGCUGAAAUUAGGUUUUCAGCUUUUUUCAUACAAGCUUAGGGAAAAAAAAAAAGAGAGAUGUCCAGCUUUCUAUAUAGGUUCUACUUGGACCUUGUAGAAAUGUUUAAGGGUUCCUCAGAGGGACAAACCAAAGAGGGUGCAAGAUGGAACCUUUUUUUUUUUCUUCUAAGAGUGUACGUUAAAUGGUGAAGACUGAUUAUUGGGAAGUGAUACUCCACACCUAACAUUUUUUAAAAAUACAGCUUAAAAAUAAUAAAAAAAAUUUUUAGUUCACACCAAGUAUUAUCAUGAAUUAGUGCAACAAAUAGGUUGCCUACUACCUAUAGGUUAAUUGCAAAAAAAAAAAAAGGGGAAAAAAAAGUCCUUUAAAAUAAAGAGGCUCAUCACAGCCACUGGCAGCUCUCUGAACAGCUCCUAUAAAUGGUACCUCGUAAUGCUGGUGGAAGACGCUCGAUAUGUCUGGUUAGAGAAAACUUAACAGAGCAUAUCAGAAUAACAAAGAGAAAUGUAAAUCAAAAUGCCUGUCAAAUAAAUGUCUGUGGACUUCCUGUCUUUCUCAUACAUUGUCCAUCUUCAGGUACAGUACGUCUGCGCUUGUAAUCCAACAUUAAGUUCUUGUAAGUUCAGCAUUUUUCACUUAAAAUGCUGUAAUGAAGUAACAGUGCCAGUCAAAAGUUGGGACACCCGUACUCCUUCAUAGGUUUUUCUGUAUUUUGACUCUUUUCUACACUAGAACAAUACUGAAGACAUCAAAACUAUGAAAUAACAUCUGGAACAUACAUGGAAUUAUGUGGUAAACAAAACAUGUUAAAACAAACAACGUUUCAUAUUUUAGAUUAGUGGAAGUAGCCAGCGUUUACCUUGAUGAUGCUUUGCACACCAUUGGCGUUAUCUUAACCAGCUUCAUGAGGUAGUCACCUGGAAUGCUUUUCAAUCGACAGCUGUGCACCUUGUCAAAAGUUAAUUAAUGCAAUUUCUUGCCUUCUUAAUGCGUUUGAGAUCAAACAGUGAAUAGAGCAGCGGCUACAAUUAUUGACACCUUAACGAUCUUUUGGCCGUUGCAAAAGUAGAAAAGACUUUCAAUAUGUAAAUUGUGCAUGAAUAAUUACUGAAACUUCCACUGGAAAAAAAAUUAGUUGAUUCCUGAUUACUUAGCGUAUCAGAUCACGUGAGACCGUUCCACAAUUAUCGACAUCCAGAUGAUUAUUUAUUUAAAAAAAAAAUAAUAAUAAUAAUAAUAAUAAUAACAACUGGCAUGUGGUUGUAAGUUAACAAAACAUACUUUUUAUUUAAAAUUUAUUUUACAUAGACUUAUAUUUAGUACAAAAUAUCUUUUUUUAUAUAAAUGUAUCGAUGUCGGUGUUUACGUAAAUGAGGAAGUGAUUCUAAUGUUUGUAAACGAACUGAAUGUUUAACCUGUCACAAAAUCUUUUUGUUCCACUUUCUACCCACUUUAAGUAUUUUCAUAGAUCACAUUUUGUUAAUCGUUCAUUGUUCAUUCUCAUCUCAUUAUCUCUAGCCGCUUUAUCCUUCUACAGGGUCGCAGGCAAGCUGGAGCCUAUCCCAGCUGACUACGGGCGAGAGGCGGGGUACACCCUGGACAAGUCGCCAGGUCAUCACAGGGCUGACACUAUAGACACAGACAACCAUUCACACUCACAUUCACACCUACGGUCAAUUUAGAGUCACCAGUUAACCUAACCUGCAUGUCUUUGGACUGUGGGGGAAACCGGAGCACCCGGAGGAAACCCACACGGACACGGGGAGAACAUGCAAACUCCACACAGAAAGGCCCUCACCAGCCCCGGGGCUCGAACCCAGGACCUUCUUGCUGUGAGGCGACAGCGCUAACCACUACACCACCGUGCCACCCCAUCGUUCAUUGUUGUUUGUAUUAAUUUCUAGUUUUGUCGUUUACCAAUAUAUGCCAACAGGCAAUUGACAUUGUAACCGCAUGAAAAUCCAGGUCAAAGGUCGCAUGUCAUUCCUCGAACCAAAAUAUAAAAUGUCUACUGAUAUUGUAAUAUGUGGUAGAUAUUUACAACAAACUGCAAAAAAGCAAAAAAAAAAUUCAGAAUGGAAUAGAAAAUCUGAAUAUGUCAAGCAUGUAAUUUUUUUUUAUAUGCUAAGAAUUUAAUUCUGGUCUAAUUCUAUUUAUUGCAACAGGAUUCCAAAUACUCUAUAAGCAUUACAUUCUGUUAUGAAUCAGAAAAAAUAUAUAUAAAUCACAGCACUCCCCCCAAGUACUUCAUCUACUUCAGCAAUGUUACACAAACAUCGAUCCAUAACAGUUGUAAAUGUCCCUUAAUUCCACGGGGUGUCGAUAAUGGUGGACACCGGUGAAAGUGAUCACCAUUAUCAAAACAUCACAUGACUUCUCAAAUGUGCGUUUAAUUACAAAAUGGCGACUGUCAAAUGAAAGAGUAAGAAACAAAGCAGGUUUCGACAAGAUCAUGAAAUAUCAGUGAAUUUGAUCAGUAAAAACAUGUCCAUGAUCUUUCCACCGUGCUUACCUGCGAUGAUAAUGUCCGGGUUUUCCUCAAAUUGCUGAUCGCGGUAAAAAAAAUUCCAUCUCAGGUAACGAGCUGUGUCAUCAGAUGACGAGAUGAAAGGGGGGGGUGUGUCUUCCAGUUGAUUAAUUAACCAGUAACUGUUGUAACUGAAACUCACCUUUGGAAAAUUGUUUUUUUUAUUGGUAAAUCUGAAAAGGUGUCGAUAAUUAUGGACUGUCGAUAAUUGUAGCCGCCGCUCUAGCAAAUAAUAAGAAUACAGUAAAUAGCCCUAUUCCACAACUGUAGCAAUCCAUAUCAUGUCAAAGAACCGCUCGGCUAAGUAAAGAGAAACGACAUCCGUCAUUACUUUAAGACAUGAAGUGACUUUUAAUUCAUAAAAAUGAAGAAAAACCAUUGAAUUAGGAGGCAUGUCCAAACUUUUGACUGGUACUGUAUGUUACUUGGUCUUACUACAGCUGCACAGUCAUGCUCAACCCAGCACCACUGUGCCAAUAUUCUCCAACAGGCAUGAGUAUACACUGGUCCUCUUUAACAGGUGUUUUGUAAUUGUACAAUCCUGCAGCACUGUUGUAUUUCUGGAACACAUAUCAGUACUUUAUAAAGGAAAGAUAGAUGACUGUUUCGAGUUGCCAAAGUGAUACCUGAUUUUCAGGAGCUCAGUGAAUCAUCCUGUUACAGUACGGUGUGUGGUGUGUUUGUUCUUGCACUUGUAGUAGCACCAUGGCUGUUUCAUUUCAACCCACUCCAUGCUGACUGUAGUAUUCAAAAAAAAAAAAAGAUAAAUUAAACAAACCCAUAGUUUA